AGGGGGCGCUAGACUUUAAGACGAAAGCGGAAGUAGACUCAUGUCAUUAGGCUAUAGUUAGCAGUGACCUGUCCGAGCAGGAGAACAGCGUAGGACUUCACUUUAGACGAGCUAAGCUAACACCAGAGCUAGCACGCAAGCUAACUUUGACUGUAAACAAUGCUGGGUCGUAUGCUGUACUCGCUCCUGAACAACCUCCAGGUUGUGGAGAAGCUAGCAGAGUCUCGGCCCAUUCGCAGAGCGGCUCAGAUCACAGCUUACGCCAUCACUAAAGCACAGAUUGCAGGGCAGGAUGCGACAAGGCGGGUACUCCGGUCCGAGACACUGAAGCAGGUGCGACAGGAGGCCGGUCAGGUGCCGCAGGACAUCGGGCAGGUGGGCUCCCGUCUCAAGAGAGUGGGAGAUACGUUCAUAAAUGAGGUGAAAGAGGGGCUAAAGGAUGGCUCCAGGCACAUCAAGAAAUAAGAAAUAUAUGGACAAGAACUGUGAUUACAUACUGUCCUGUGGCGGUGUGACUGGACACAACAAAAUCUAUGUUUCACUGUGUGGAGGAUAUUAAUUUAUAUAAUAGAUUUAUCAUUUUAAUAAAGGAAUGGGGAAACAUG